AUGAUUAGGCAAGAUGAAGUUAACCAUAUUGUAUACUUCCGCUCCCUCUUCAGUCAAUUUUUGGUCGAUAUAUACGCAAAAAUUGAAACUGAAAGGUUGAAUUUUAUUAGGAAUCAUCAGAAACAGCUAAGAGCUGAGAACUAUAUUCAUCUCAAAGAUGCUGUGGGGAGGAAUGAUGUUAAUGCAACUGAUUUAGGUCAAAUGGUAGUACUUCCUUCAUCAUUUACGGGCGGACCUAGGUAUAUGCAUGAACGACGCCACCCGGGCGGUGUCACCGACAAUAAAAGGACGGCUGCCGGACAAAGGGGAUUGGUCAAUCCACUCCAGUUCCUUGAGCAGAAGGAAAAAUCUUUGUUCAAGGAUAUGAAGAUCGAGCUGGAAGCGCUCAAAGAGGUGGCCAAGAGGUCCAGGGCCGAGGGCAUCAAGGAGCGGAUCGACAGCGUAGCGUCACUCUUCUCCGCGCUGGCGAGGAAUCGCUCAGAGCAGAGGUCUGUCGCGGCGACAGCUCCGAUCGGGCCACCACCUGUCGAGGACGAGUCGGCGGUGACGGCACUCCGGCGAGAGGUCCGGGAGUCGAACGCCCAGAUAAUGAAGACUCUGGGCGAGCUUCGUUCUCAGGCCGUGGCAUCGGCAGGCUCCGGGAAUAUUCGGGAUAAGGUGAAAGGAGCUCUGGCCGAAUUCACUACUGCGACGGCAGAGGGCCCAACAUGGACCGAGGUCAUGAAGAGGAACGCCAGGCGAAAAGUCCCCGCCGAA